AUAAACAUGUUUCCAAUGGCUGAUUUAGGUCUACUUUCAUAUCACUCGGUUGACGGUCGCGAAUUGGAUGGCCAGAAGGACAACUGCAGCCCUAAAACCGACUCUUCAGGCUCCCGUUUUCCCAUGCAGGAACAUAUGUUACGCACUCAUCUGCUAUUGCUAGACUACAAACAGUUCAGGUCCGCGCGCACCAUUCAAAGACAUGUUCGUGGCUUCAUCGUUCGCCAGAGACGGCAGAGAGAAGUGAAAGCAGUCAUAGUUAUUCAGAGAGUCUGGCGCCGAUGUGUGGCCAAGCGACAUCUGAUUCUCUUCGCACAGCAGCGCACGCAAGAUGCCGUACAGCUGAUGUACUACAAUGCAUCCCUGAAGAUUCAGGCCUUCUUCCGCGGCUGGUGGUCGCGCAAGCAUAUCAAUAACAUGCUCUUCCUCAAGAACAUGCAAUUGCAGUACGUGGAGGAGCUGCUGAACUCGUUUGCCCUAAAGUUGCACACGAUGAUGCGAACUGGGCAUCUGCCGGGAUAUGUUAGUUUGUGUGUGGAGCCGAGCAGCUCAAAGGUAAAGGACCUCUUGAUGACAUUGACCUAUCGAUUCUAUAAUCGAUAUGUGUGCAAUAAAUAUUUGACCAGCAAGAAAGCUAAAGAUAAAUAUUGCCGAGAAUUCUUGGAUGCCGCUUAUUACACUUGGCUACCAUAUGUGGGCUUCAAUCACGACGGCAAGUGCAAAAAAUGGGCGAAUAAUUACGAUAUAGUGCCCAAAUUAUAUGCACUGCGGCAGUACGACGUGGCCCAGGUCUUUAUGUCGCAGGCUCUACUAACAAGUUUUCAAAAGAAACAGAUGCUGGCCAAAGAGAAAGAGCUGAGAAAAUCUGUUCGCUUUACUAUGACAGAUUAUAGAUUCUGCAGAGAUGUUGCCAAUAGCAUGAAAUAUUGGCGCACCUGCAAAGUGUGCAAGGAUAAGGUGACGGACAGCCUAAUGGGCGACCAGUUCGAGGAGUACCUAAACGACGUCAAGCACCACUUGGAGUCGAUGCAUUUUGGGGCCAGUUGCGACUGCACGCGUGACAAGAACCAACAAGACCAUCUAAAAUGUAUAUCACCAUCAUCCGAACCUAAUCUGCCCCGCAACAGCAAAUACAUAAGUGUGGGCACUUCAAAUAUCAGCAUUAAUAAAUUCCCGAAUUUAGGCAGUUCGAAAACCAAUCUAGAUAUAUGA